CUUGGUGGACUCUGUUUCCCAGAAGUCUACGCGAGACUCCCCUUUAGGGCCUCAGUUUCUAAGGCUGUAGUCCUCGCUAGCUGAAACUGAAGGGGGAUGCGCGUGGCCUGUUGCUAAGCCAGUGGAACUUGAGUCAACCGCUAAGGUCCCUGUGUACACCCACGACCCCACCAUGCCUCACAUAGACAAUGACGUGAAGCUCGACUUCAAGGAUGUCCUGCUGAGGCCCAAGCGAAGCACCCUUAAGUCCCGCAGUGAGGUGGAUCUCACACGAUCCUUUGAAUUCCGGAAUUCAAAGCAGAUGUACACAGGGAUCCCCAUCAUUGCUGCUAACAUGGAUACUGUUGGCACCUUUGAAAUGGCCAAGGUGCUUUGUAAGUUCUCUCUGUUCACGGCCAUCCACAAACACUACAGCCUUGAGCAGUGGAAGGAAUUUGCUAGCCAAAAUCCUGACUGUCUAGAGCAUCUGGCUGCCAGCUCAGGAACGGGCCCUUCGGACUUUGAGCAACUAGAACAAAUCCUUGAAGCAAUUCCCCAGGUGAAAUACAUCUGCUUGGAUGUGGCCAAUGGCUACUCAGAACAUUUUGUUCAAUUCCUGAAGGAUGUUAGAAAACGCUUCCCCCAGCACACUAUCAUGGCUGGGAAUGUGGUGACAGGGGAGAUGGUGGAGGAGCUGAUCCUGUCUGGGGCUGACAUUAUCAAAGUAGGAAUUGGACCAGGUUCUGUGUGCACCACACGAAAGAAGACAGGGGUGGGCUACCCACAGCUUAGUGCUGUGAUGGAGUGUGCUGAUGCUGCCCAUGGCCUCAAAGGCCACAUCAUUUCUGAUGGAGGCUGCAGUUGUCCUGGAGAUGUGGCUAAGGCUUUUGGAGCAGGUGCUGACUUUGUGAUGCUGGGUGGCAUGCUAGCUGGUCACACUGAGUCAGGUGGUGAACUAAUUGAGAGGAAUGGCAAGAAAUACAAGCUCUUCUAUGGCAUGAGCUCUGAGGUAGCCAUGAAGAAGUAUGCUGGAGGUGUUGCUGAGUACAGAGCCUCAGAAGGAAAAACAGUAGAGGUGCCCUUCAAAGGUGAGGUAGAACAUACCAUCCGGGACAUCCUGGGAGGGAUCCGUUCCACAUGCACUUACGUUGGGGCAGCCAAGCUAAAGGAGCUCAGCCGACGUACUACUUUCAUCCGGGUCACCCAGCAGGUGAACCCCAUCUUCAGCGAUGACAGCUAGGAGCCUGAGCAACACUGCUUGGCACUGGCACCCGCAUCCAAAGCAAGGGUGGCAUGGAGAACCCUAGUGCAUUCCAACCACCAUGGAUUAUCUCAAUCAGUGAUUUUGUUGUUGCUGUUGUUUUUUGCUCCCCUGAAGGCCCUAUAAGGCCUUCGUGUGUCACUGUUCACACAAAAAAGCUUAGGCCAGUGGGCCUGACACUUACUGGGGAGGAGGCAGGGAGGGAGAAGAGGGUUAUCAAAUAAACAUCGAGCCUGGAGUUAGGUUAUAAACACCC